UCCGCCGAAGGUGAACGCGCUUCCUGUGGAAGUUUGUGAAUGUUCUCAAGAUUGUUAUUGAUCACUGAUCAACUGAGGAUCGGUCAUGUCAAGUCGCGCUCUGCGCAGGCUGAAAGGCGAGCAACGCGCGCAGGCCGCAUUACACCAUGAUGACGAAGUUCACCGGGAGGAAGAGGAUGAUGAUGAUGAUGAUGAAGAGCAGCAGCAGCAGAAGAAGAACAUCUAUGAGCUGAUUGGUGGAGCUGAUGUCGCUGAAGGUCCGUCAGAUUUGGAGACAGAGAGACCCGAGGAAGGAGUGCCACUGGAGAAACACAUUGUGAAGAGCGAAAAGUCUAGCAAGAGAAAAAAGAAGAAAAAGAAGAGAAGGGCACCGGUGGAGAAUGGAAAGGAGUCGAUGGCUGCAGCAGAUGAUAUCGAUGCUUUAUUAGAGAUGCUGGAGAAAACUAAAGGCCUGUCGCAUGCGAGCGCUGAUGGCUGCACAGCCGAAAACAGACCUGUGCUGUAUGUGGAACACAGGAAUCUGAAUCCUGAGACAGAGCUCAAGAGGUAUUUUGGAGCACGAGCUGUGCUGGGAGACCAGAGGCCAAAACAGAGACAGCGGCAGUUUCAUCGCUGCACAUGGAUGACCGUUCCCAAAGACACAUGGCCUCGAUUCAGUCGACCAGGUGUCUCCAUGUGUCUCGUGGAGUCUAACGACUGUCUUCAGCACUUCACCUUUGAACACAGUCGAGACUAUCAGCAGGUCCAGUUCAAGUUCUUUGAUGCGGUUGAGUCUAUGGACCCCAAUAACAUUGUGGUCCUCUUGCAGCUCAACCCGUAUCACAUUGAUUCUCUGCUGCAGCUCUCUGAUGUGUGUCGCAUGCAGGAAGAUCAAGAGACUGCCAGAGACCUCAUCGAAAGAGCGUUGUAUUGUUUUGAGUGUGCGUUUCACCCUGUGUUCAGCCUGACGUCAGGAACCAGUCGACUGGAUUACAGGAGACCAGAGAACAGGGCGUUUUAUUUGGCUCUGUUCAAGCAUGUGAUGUUUCUGGAGAAGAGAGGAUGUCCCCGCACGGCUCUGGAGUACUGCAAACUCAUCCUGAGUCUAGAUCCAGAUGAUGAUCCUCUGUGCAUGCUGCUGUUCUUUGACUUCCUGUGUCUGCGCUGUCGCGAGUACAACACCCUCAUCAGACUCUAUGAGGAAUGGGAGGUGCAUCGUAAUCUGUCCCAGCUGCCCAACUUUGCCUUUUCCAUUGCUCUGUCCUACUAUCAGCUGAGCCAGCAGGAGGAUGUCUCACCUGAGGAGCAGCAGCAGCUCAAGCACAAAUCUGAUGAUCUCCUGCAGGACGCUCUCAUCAUGUUUCCUGGAGCACUGAUGCCGCUGUUGGACUUGUGUACUGUGCAGCCUGAUGCAGCAGUGUCCUCUCACGCCUUCUUUGGGCCCAAAAGCCAAAUUGGGCAGCCUCCUGCUCUGUCACAGUUGUUGUGUCUGUAUGUGGGCCGCUCUCACACACUGUGGAAAGAGUCUGGACUCAUGCUGUGGCUGGAGGAGAACGUCAGGACAGUGCUGAAGAGAGUUGACACGCAUGACCCCUAUGUGGAGGAUUGUCAAAACAAGAGGAAGCAGAGAUAUCAGAGCGCUCCCAGAAACAUUCACAGACAUGUGCUGAUGUCGGAGAUUAAAGAGGCCACAGCGACACUUCCUCUGGAAGUGACAACACAACCAGGAAUGGCUUUUGACCCGCUGCCUCCUCUGGACUCUAUUGCGUCAUAUAGCAGACCAGAAAGAAUGCCGGAGUGGGAAGUGAAAGCACACUGUCUCUGUUUUUUCGUUCACUGCUGCCAAACUUCAACCUGCAGAGGCCUGAAGAUGGACAGGAAGUGGCCCGUGCUGGCCGAGAGUUGAACCAGGAAGUGAAUCGACUGAUGGUGGCCAUGCGAGACAUGCUGGCGAAUAUCCAGUUUCAAGAACCGCAGUGGGAGGACAAUCCCGACAGAGAUGAGGAAGAGUGGGACUGACAAACAUUAGGAUGAAUGAAUCAUCUGUUAAUGAUCUUCUUAAGAUUAAAAGUUACUUUAAAUCCUACAUAUUCCAAAAAAUUUUAAGUUUCUUGGAAAUAAAUGUCAUCUGAUUCGGUAUGUUCUUAUAAUGCUGACAGAUUCACACUUGAAGUGGGGCUCAAGUGUCUUUACAGUCUUUGUUGAGAUGUAUUGUUUAGUUGAGAUGUAUUGUUUAGUACACCACAACAGUCAGUGAACAUGAGAACAGUGAACAUUACUUAGAUUUUCAUUCUGGAACAUUUAACUUGAGUUACAUUAAUUAAUAUUAAUUAGUUAAAAUUAAUCAGCACUGCUAGCUUUGGGUUGAGGGUUUUGAGUGAUAAUAUAUCCUGCCAGACUGGAUGUGCUACACAUGUUGUAUGUUAAAUAUGCACUCAGUGAUUCCUGUGAAGCACUAUUGAUAUUCUAACUUAACUGCCAAAACAAACACACCUCUCCCUUCUUUGCACCUUUGGAAGCACAAAAAGUGUAUUGGAUUAGAAUUAGUGAGUGCACCUUUAAAGGUUUUUUCUGGUAAGAAUCCUGAUGCAUAACAUCCUAAGAUGAUCACUGGUCCACAUAGAAAAAUGUCCCAUCAUUUAUUUAACAAUAAAGGACUACAGUUCUCUAUUGGAGAUAAGAGUUGGUUUGAUCUUGUUAGUUAGAUGCAGUUUAUUAUUCAGUGCCAACAAAACAUUACACCAAAACAAUACUCGACUAGAGAACAUGAGGGCUAUUAAUACACAGACU